GGCGGCAGCGGCUGGAGAGGCCCCGCGGGCGCUGUCCCAGAAGGAGCAGGACAUACAGAUGAUGCUCGCCGCCGACGUCCACCUCGGCACCAAGAACUGCGACUUCCAGAUGGAGCGCUACGCCUACAAGCGCCGCUCCGACGGCAUCUACAUCAUCAAUCUGGGCAAGACGUGGGAGAAGCUCCAGCUCGCGGCGAGGGUCAUCGUCGCCAUCGAGAACCCCCAGGACAUCAUCGUCCAGUCCGCCCGCCCCUACGGCCAGCGCGCCGUCCUCAAGUUCGCGCAGCACACCGGCGCCAACGCCAUCGCCGGGAGGCACACCCCUGGUACCUUCACCAACCAGAUGCAGACCUCCUUCAGCGAGCCCCGGCUGCUCAUCCUCACCGACCCAAGGACCGACCACCAGCCCAUCAAGGAGUCUGCUCUGGGGAACAUCCCUACCAUUGCCUUCUGUGACACUGACUCUCCCAUGCGAUACGUCGAUAUCGGUAUCCCAGCAAACAACAAGGGGAGGAACAGCAUUGGCUGCCUCUACUGGCUCUUGGCCAGGAUGGUUCUGCAGAUGAGGGGCACCAUCCUGCCAGGGCACAAGUGGGAUGUCAUGGUUGAUCUGUUCUUCUACAGGGACCCUGAGGAAGCCAAGGAGCAGGAGGAUGAAGCUGCUGGAGCCCCAGAGUAUGCUGCCAUCACUGAUUACGGAACAGCAGCUGGUCAAUGGGGUGGUGACCAGUGGACCUCUGAUGCGCCUGCUCCCCCGCCUGUUACUGGUGGCGAGUGGCCGAUGGCUGAAGCUCCAGUUGCUGGUGGCGAUGGAUGGGAUGCAGCAGGGCCACCUGUUGCUGUGGAAGGUGCCGUCCCUGCUCCUGUUGUGGCUGCUACUGGCUGGGACGCCGCAGUGCAACCCCCUGCUCAAGGCUGGGAGUAGACUAGGAUGUCCCCUUGAGAUGUCUUUGCGGCUUAAAGUUCAUAUUUUGUGAGGCAUGAAUGGAUAUCUAGAAUCUGAUGCGAUCUGCUAUAUCUACCCUAUGGACAAAAAACCCGUGUUUUAGGAUUUUCUAGAUGAACUUGUUAUCUCUGCUAUCGACACUGUGACGAGGGAGAGGGAGACUGAAAGUUGUGUUAUAAGUUUGGCUUUCAA